AUGGAGCACCACCUCGACGAGAAGAGCCCGUCACCGCCGGCCACUCUCACCAUCACCAAGGACGGCAAAGAAGAACAAGUCGCCACGCUCCAGAUGCCGGCCGAGGUGUGGCGCACCAUCCACGCCAUGUUUGCUGCUCAGAGCCAAGCCCAAGCGAUCAACACUCGCAUCGAGCUCACCAACCUCAAGAAAGGUAAUAUGACCAUGGCUGACUACCUUGGCAGGAUCAAAAGCCUCACCGAUGAAGUUGCAAGCACUGCUGCGGUGCUCUCUGAUCCAGAGAUCGUCUCCAAAAUCCUCGCCGGACUGGACAUGGAGUACAACCCGGUGGUCUCUACGCUCGCUGCCCGGGUGGAGCCUAUCACCGUCCAGGAGCUCUACAGCCAGCUGCUGAGUUUUGAUGCCCGCCUCACCCUCCUCCAUGGCGGCGACCUUCGGCAAUCCUCCGUCAACUCUGCCUACCGUGGCCGCGGCCGUGGGCGCUGUCACCAGGGGCAACGCGGCGGUGGGCGCGGAUGCAGUGCUCCCCAGGGCGAUGGCGCUCGCUCUGGUGGGGGCUCUGGCUCCAAUGGCGGGGGCGGAUACAACACCAGCGGUGGCGGCGGCUUCAACAACAACAACAGCCGUCGCCCUCCUUCUUGUGGUCGCCCUCGCUGCCAGCUUUGCAAGAAGUCUGGCCAUGAGGUUAUCGAUUGCUGGCAUCGGUUCGACGAGGACUACGUGCCCGACGCCCGCCAUGUUGCUGCUGCCAUGCGUGAAUAG